AUCGUCCCACAAGAAACUCGCAGCAGAGCGCGCAUUUUAGCACACACGCAACACAGACCUUCUAAAUAAACAAUCCUUCAAAAUGUUCAGAUUGGUGGUGUUGUCUACUGUUCUCGCUGUUGCCGCUGCUUCCCAUGGCGCCACUCUGGUCGCCUCGAGCCCGCUUGCAUACUCCCAUGUCGCUGCCGUUCCAGCUGUGGUAGCCCAGAAGGAAAUCUCCUACCAAAAGAGCAUUAUUGAGGAGCCAACCAUCACCCACGUAGGAAACAUCGAGAAGAAAAUCCCAACCGGACACUCGUACCAGAGCUUCACCCAGUACCAUAACAAACAGGUCGCUGAACAUGUGUACGCCCCAGCCGUCAAGAAGACCAUCGUCGAGACCCCAGUUGAGAAGACGGUUUACAAGACCGCUGCUGUGGCCACUCCAGCCAUCUCCUAUGCCGCCCCAGCUCAUGUCCAGACCGCCUACAUCGAGUCUGCUCCAGCACUGACCUACGCUGCCGCCCCAAUUGCCAAGGCCGCUUACGUCGAAGCUGCUCCAGCUUUGGCCUAUGCAGCAGCUCCAAUCGCUAAGGCCGCUUACGUCGAGGCUGCUCCAGCUUUGACUUACGCCAAGACCUCUUAUGUCGAAGCUGCUCCUGCUCUGAGCUACGCCACUGCCUACGGAACUCCUCUGGCCCACCAUGAAUACGUCCACAGCUACCCAACAGCCUACGAAUCCGUCCCAGCUGUGUAUGCUAAGCACUAAAAUAGUUGACUGUCAAUUUUAAUCCAAUUUCAAUUAGAAUGAUUAUUAUUCUUUUGUUCGCUUUUUGGGAUUGUUAGCGAAAGAUGAGAACAAAUAAAACGACUGGUAAAUAAUUAA